AUGUCACAUUGUCGUGUGCUGCUUCAUGUUGACCCACAAUUUGAUGUUGGCGGACCUGAAAUGGUCAUUCGACCCCCUCCUCAUCAUCUUGAUUCAGACAUUGGUGGCCCACAAAUGAUCAUUCCACCACCUCCACCCCACAAAUUUCCACAAUCUGACGUCGGCGGGCCUCAAAUGGUCAUUCCACCCCCUCCUCCACACCAUCAUCUUGAUUCGGACAUUGGUGGCCCUCAGAUGGUCAUCCCACCACCCCCACCGCACAAACAUCCACAAUCUGAUGUCGGCGGCCCUCAAAUGGUUAUCCCACCUCCUCCACCGCACAAACUUCCACAAUCCGAUGUUGGCGGGCCUCAAAUGGUCAUACCACCACCUCCACCGCAUCAUCAUCUUGAUUCUGAUGUUGGUGGCCCUCAAAUGGUUAUCCCACCACCUCCACCACAUAAAUUUCCACAAUCCGAUGUUGGCGGGCCUCAAAUGGUCAUUCCACCCCCUCCACCACACCAUCAUCUUGAUUCUGAUGUUGGCGGCCCUCAAAUGGUUGUUCCCCCUCCUCCACCACAUCACAUUCGCCUUUAG